GCAACUUUAGUGCAAAUCUGUCCUUGACUUACGCACAUCACAAGCUGGAAAAUAUUCACUACUUCAAUUGGAUUACGAAACAAACAUAAAUACAACGGGGAUUAAGACAAACAUUAAAUAAAAACAUAUGUACAUAUACUGGAGUGCGUGGGAAAAUUGAUAAUAUUAGAUUUAUUACAGAAGCGAAGUGUUUCAAAAUAAUUUACAACGUGAAGAUAAUAAUGAAGAUUGUUGUGCAAACUUUAUGUAUAAUAUUGUUGCCGUUAUUAUGUAAUUUGCCUGCGAUUAACGCUGAUUCGGAAACUAGCGCUGAAAAUAAUGCGACCGAUGAUGGAACGAUGAAAUAUGCGCCAGAAUUCCAACAUCCUGAAUAUGCUUUUAGUUAUGGGGUGAAAGAUCUACACACAGGCGACGUCAAAUCGCAAUGGGAGUCAAGAGAGGGUGAUUCGAUUAAGGGCCAUUACAGCAUACUCGAACCAGAUGGUUCCAUACGUACUGUUCAUUACACAGCUGAUUCGAAAAAUGGUUUCAAUGCUGUCGUAAAGACCGUAGGCGCAAACUCCCAUCCCGUUACCGAUUCACCGCACGGUGAAAAUAGUCUCAAUGACGAUACAUCUCAGUCGAAAAUAAAUCACUAUAGUAAAGAUCAAGAACACAUAGUACUAAGUUCAGAUAUUAAACCUCUAAAGAAACCGAUUGAAGACCUCUCCCAUGCACAUCCAAAAGUACCCAGUUUGAUUGAAUUCAAACCACACGCCCGCAUCAAGCAAGUGCCUAUGGAAUUGGAGCCGGGUAUGCGCGAACGAUUGCAAGUCGCCCGAGAUGAGUACUAUCACAAACAAGCUCCACAGCAAAUAGUCACCCCCGCGAAAGAUUCGUACAGCAGUCAAGAAAAUGAAUGGAGAGCUUUAGUGCUGAAUGAAAAUUCGGAAUAUAAACCGUUAUUUACUCCACAUCAUAAUACAAAUAGUUACCACAAUGCAGAAACUUACAUUGCUUCAAAACAAUCUAUCGCUAAUAUAGCGCAAAAUGCUCAGAACAUUGGAGUAGGCGGUGCAGGCAAUGUUGGUAGCGUUGGCAAUGGCUUGCGCAACGAUUUUAUUGCGUCCGUACCAUUACAUCAACGGCAACAUGCCUCUUACACCGAUCCUAAUAUAAACAACAUAUCGCAUGGAAAAAAAUUUGGCUUAACCACACCAAAACAUUACUCGGCUCCAUCGCAGUACAAAUAUCAGUCGAAUUUCAAAGCGUCUUCGCCACAAAAUCGCCCCGAUUACAUUAACUACUUUCAACGCAAAACCAAGAAAUUCAAUCACAAAGAAUCUGCAGGCCCUGUGGUCUUUCCGAAUCAUACCGGCGACGAACAGAAAUCAGCUUCGGCACAAAUGGUGCAAUCGAUGGUUCGACUCGACCGAAAGCAUAUAAUGCCCAUGUAUGCCAAUCGCUACAGCUCGGACAAAUAUCGUCAUCAACGCUACCGUACAAUCUAGACUUACUAUACGGAUAGUUAAGUUUUCUGUGUAGGUACUCUCGUGUGUAAUGGAAAAUUAUAUGGCGAAGAUCAAUAAGGUAUUUCUAUUACUAUACACAUAUAGAUAUUGUACAAAUUGUUAUAAAAAGUAUCCUGAAUUUCAAUGAAAAUGUAUACGUAUGUGGCUGUAUAUUUAUUUAUUUAUUUUCUAGAAUUAAGUUUUUUCAUACAAUAGCAAUUACACGUUAAUAAAUUUUGAAAUCUU